AUGGCUGAUACUGAGAUUACUCUUCCAGAACGGAAACAUCGAAAAUCAGUUGCCUUCAGUGAGGGUGCAACCGUCAUGGAUGCAAACGGUACCAUUUCCGAGGCCAAUCAUGCUGAGGACAAAACCACUGCUGAGAAGCACACCGCUGUGUCGCCUGACCAGGAAGCUAACGAGAUGACCGAUAUGUUCAAGGGCUUAACGAAGAAGAAGUCAAAAAAGUCCAAGGAUACAGAGGCCACAGCGGACGGCGAAGAUGGCGGUGCGGCGGAUGCUGAAUUCGAUCCUUCUACCAUAAAGAAGAAAAAAAAGAAGUCAUCAAAGAAAACCACCGAGGGUGACUUCGAGGCCAAGCUCGCUCAGGCUGGCCUAGCAGAGGAGGCUGCAUCGGAAGAGACACAGUCACCAGAACAGAUUAUCGAGGCUCUUGAGAGCGGAACUGGAAUUUGGGCGCACGAUGCUACCCAACCUAUCAAUUAUUCGCUACUAGUGACUCGUUUCUUCAAUCUUAUCCAUAGCCAUCACCCUGACCUUCUCGCUAGCGGCUCGAAAUCGUACAAGAUCCCGCCACCACAAUGUCUGCGUGAAGGAAACCGACGAACCAUUUUUGCCAACAUUCCCGACAUCUGCAAGAGGAUGAAGCGAUCUGACGAUCACGUCAUGCAGUUUUUGUUUGCAGAAUUGGGUACAAGCGGUAGUGUUGACGGCAGUAGACGCUUGGUGAUAAAGGGUCGGUUUCAACAGAAACAAAUUGAGAACGUGCUCAGAAGAUAUAUUGGUACGCAGUGGUUUUUGAAACUCAUUGACUGGUCUCUGAAACGUCACUAA